AUGGAACCACCAAAAGAAAAGCUAUAUGUCAAUGCAGACGACGCCAAAACAUUCGUGCAGGCUGUGCUGCGCGGCAAUGGCGUACAGCCCGACCAUGCAGCUAUCGUCGCCGACUGUCUCGUGCAGGCCGACCUGAGGGGCGUCGACUCCCACGGCAUCAACCGGAUCCCGUCCUAUAUGGAGCGGAUCCGCCAGGGAGUCCUGGACGCGAAGGCCACGCCCACGCUGACCCAAGUGACGCCCGUCGUGGCGCAGGUGGACGGCAAGAACGGUUUUGGCUUCGUCGCAGCGCACAUGGGCAUGGCGCGCGCCAUCGAGAUGGCCCGGGAAUACGGCAUCGGGAUGGUCUCUGUCAAGCACUCGAACCACUUCGGCAUGUCCGCCUGGGUCGUCCAGCAGGCGCUCGACGCCGGCAUGAUGAGUCUCGUCUUCACCAACUCGUCCCCCGCGCUGCCUGUCUGGGGCGGGCGGUCGAAACUCAUGGGCGUGUCGCCCCUGGCCUGCGGUGCCCCCGCCGGGAAGGAGAAGCCGUUUAUCCUCGACAUGGCGCCGUCUGUGGCUGCCAGAGGCAAGAUCUACAAGGCUGCUCGCCGGGGGGAGAAGAUCCCCCUAGAUUGGGCUCUCGACGCGGAGGGCAAGCAGACGGACGACCCCAACAAAGCGCUCGAAGGCGUCAUGCUCCCGAUGGGCGGGCCCAAGGGGUCCGCUUUAGCCAUCAUGAUGGACGUUUUCUCCGGAGUUCUGUCCGGGUCCGCAUUUGCAGGGCACGUCACGAACCCUUACGACCCGUCCAAGCCGGCGGACGUCGGCCACUUCCUGGUCGCGCUGAAGCCGGACUUGUUCAUGAGUCUGGACGAGUUCAAGGAGCGCAUGGACUAUCUUUACCGCCGCGUCGUCGGGUCCGAUAAGAUGGCCGGCGUCGAUCGCAUCUACUACCCGGGAGAAAUCGAGGAGUUGACCCGGGAGGAGAGGCUCAAGACGGGCAUCCCCUAUGUGGAGGCGGAGAUCCAGGCGUUGGAUAAGGAAGCGGAGCGUGUUGGGGUGGACAAGAUUGUCGUUUCCCGUAGGGUUUAG